AUGCUAAUAUCACACGCAUUUUCACUCGCUACAUUAAUCGUAACAGCUACUGCUGCAACAACAAGUACCUCGUCGUGCAACCCAGUCAAGUCGCUGUCAUGUUCUCCAGAUUCAGCAUUAGGAGGAUCGAUUCAAGAAGAUUUUAAUGAUGGUUUGGGUUCUUAUUUUACCAACCUGGGCAACCAAGGUAAUGUUACUACUAGUGAUGAAGGAUUGUCACUCACUAUUAAUAAAAGAUACGAUAACCCAUCAGUCCAUUCGAAUUUUUAUUUGAUGUUUGGAUAUGUUGAGGUUGAAUUAAAAGCUGCUGAAGGAAAAGGAAUUGUAUCAUCAUUCUUUAUGCAAAGUGAUGAUUUGGAUGAAAUUGAUAUUGAGUUAUUUGGUGGUGAUGAAUACGAAUGGCAAUCAAACUACUUUGUUCAAGGAAAUACCUCCACUUAUGAUCGUGGUGGAUAUCACCAAAUCACCCCUAAUCCGUUGACAAACUAUCAUAAAUAUGCCAUUAAUUGGACCAAAGACUCAUUGGAUUGGAUAGUUGAUGGGUCAGUUAUUAGGUCUUUAAAAAUUACCAAUUCACAAGGUUAUCCACAAACACCAAUGAGGAUCUAUGCUGGAAUAUGGGCUGGUGGUGAUCCAUCAAACGAAGAAGGAACCAUUGAGUGGGCCGGUGGUGAAACCGAUUACAGUGAUGUGCCAUUCACUAUGCAUAUUAAAUCGAUCACAGCUAUUGAUUAUUCAACCGGUAGUGAAUAUUCUUACUCCGACCAAAGUGGGUAUUGGCAAUCAAUUGAUGCUGAAGAUGGUGAAGUUAAUGGCAGAUAUAGCGAUGCCCAAAGUGACAUUAGCAAAGUUGAAGAUGGUGAAAGCAUAGAAAACAGUGGAUCAAGUGGAUCAUCGAGUACCUCCGAAACCAGUUCAUCUACAGAAUCUAGUUCAUCUGAAUCUAGCUCUUCUAGUUCAGCUUCUAGCUCGUCAGAUCAAGCUUCAUCUACGCAAGACUCGCUGUCAUCUUCUGAAUCGGAAGCUUCUGUGUCUACUGCUGGAACCACUAAUGAAUCGUCUGGCUCCACACUGGCCGCUCAGAGCACCAACAAUGCAAAAGCUAAUGCUUCUACUGCUUCUACUGCUUCUUCUGCUUCUACCGCUUCUGUUAGCACUAGAGAAUCAUCGUCCGCCAAAUCAGAAACAACUACAUCAUCUAGUGAAACGGCAUCAGUAUCUUCUUCAUCUGAAAGUUCUGCUACUGGAAUUACACCAUCAAGGCCAAUGUUAUUGGUUACGUUUUUAGUUCUGUUUGUUUCACUUGGUGUUGUUCUUGUAUAG